AUGACUACAACUUCUCCUUGGUCUGCUUUCAAUACAAAUUUUAUUGUGUUGUCUAGGCUCUUUAGUAUUGGAGAAUUGGAGACGUGGCCAAGGCGUCUACGUCCGACGGAAGUCAACCAGCAGGACGGAGGGUUAGAGCGGCUAAGAAAGAGCGGCACCUUUGAAGGAGUGGGAAAUAGGGUGGCAGGAAAGCAGUAUUUGGGACAACAGGCCAUUGGACAACUCUUCGUCAAGGUGCCCAGUGCUAUGGUGCUGCUGGCUUUCGAAGAAGAGGACCGAAUUACUGAGCAAAUGGAGCGUGACGAGCAUGUACGGACAUGCCUUCUCCUGGACAAUCUUCACAAGCCCAACGCAGAUCGGGUUGUUGUAAGGCUAUCCGCAUACGAAACCGUCUGCAAAAGUUUAAGGGUUCCCAAAUCGGGGGUGGCGAAAAUAUGA